CGAAGAAAAAAGUACGAUAAAAAAAAAAUAAGUUUACGUCGCGUUUUGUUCCUUUCGGUUCGUUUAACCCAUUAAAAAAAAUCUAUUCUGGUGCGAAAAAAACUGUUCGUUCCGUCGUCGUCGUCGGUAUACCUAGUGGCAGUCCGGUCGAGGGUUGAAAUUUUGCGUGCGUUAAAGAGUGAUAUUCGACGCCGGGGGGGUUCUCGGUAGGUCGUUCGGACAGUGCGGUGUAGGAGGAGAAAAACAAGUGCUGUUCCUGGAAUUAAAACUAGAGAGGUGGAGAGGCAAGAAGGAAGCCAGUGCAAGGUUUGAUUCUGCAAUAAUUCGUUCGCAGUACCGUUUCGUAAUACAUUGCAAUGGAAUCCAAAUCGGCGGAGGAUACCGUGAAGGACAUUCCAGAAUUAGCAGCUGAAGUAGAAUCGGCGGCUGAUGAGGAAGAGGUAUCCCCAUUAGAAGUAAAGCCAACUGCUGAUGAUAGCGAAUCAGCUGCUGGAGAUAGUGCCACCGCUACUACUGCCAAUAAAGAAAAAACGGAAGAGAAGGACCGUAGGCCUUCGGAAGAGAAGAAAGACGAUGAAGCCGGUGCUGGAGAGGAAACUAAGACUGACGAAGCUAGCAAAGUGGAAUCGGUGGCUAGUCCUCGGCUGGACGAUGAGCACGAAGAGAAGUUCGAAGACGCCGUCGAUUCCGAAGAGAAGCUGCAGGGGGACGAGGCCACCGAACCCGCCAAAGACUCGCUUUCGGAUGCGACCUUGACUUCUGUGUCCUCCAGCAGCGUCCUGAAAACGUCCCCCUCCGAAUAUCUACCCUCCCUCGGGGUAGCCAAAUCCUACGAAAUCGAAGACUCGCCAGAAAAAUCUCCGAACAAACCGGCAACGCCCAGUUCCGUUGCCAAGCCCCGGCCGGGGCCGUCGUCGGUGUCGUCGACAACGAUCAGGCAACUAUCGACGAUCAAAAGUCCCGAAAUCGAAACCGUCGAGUUGGACGAUGACGACGAUGAUGAUGAGGAUGGAUACGACGCGGAAGAGGUCGCUAUCGCUGUUGCGGCUGCCCGAUAUGACGACGAGGAGGACGAUUUUGAAGAGGACGAUGAAGAUGACUACUUUGAGGAUCCGGAUAGCGACGAUAAGGAUGUGAGUCAAGUCAUUCAGGGUGCAAUCGAUGAGAUGAAUGCGAUAGACGAUCAGGAAUCCGGGGAGGACGACAAGAUGGAUGUCAGUUCCGAUGAGGACGAUUACAGUGAAGACGAUGACCAGCCAAGUGUUGUGGUGCCAAGGAGUGUCCUGAGUGGUAAGCGGAAGAGAGACGAUUACUCGGAAGAAGAGGAAAUUUACGAUAACGAUGAAUAUAUAGACGAACCGGAGGAAGAUGAAGAUGAUGAUGGCGAAGUGGAAGAAGUGAUUGAGUUAGAUGGCAGAGAAGGUGGAAGAAAGCCUUUGGUUUCGAUGGGACAAAUAAGUGUGGAAGAUGAAAGUGAUGAAGACGUAGUGCUGCAAGAGAAGAAAAAGUCCCGAAAGGUGAAAUACAAAUCCUACGAGCAGAAGGUGAUGGCUAGGAUUCGACGAAGGACCUACAAAUUAUUAAACAAGCGCAGUAUGCACGUUAUGGAAGAGGGCAGCGAUGCGCUCGUCUGUUCCGAUGCCACCAAGAUAGUCAGUCUCAAGUCGACCGUCAGCAGUGUGGGGGCGAAAACAACUACCGCUGCCGAGGAAGUAUCGAUUAAGGAUCCCAAAUCCAAAGAAGAACAAACGAUCACUCCUGGUGAGGUGGAACGGAAGGAUAGCAGCGAAGAAGCACUAGUGGCAUCCGGUGAUGCUGCGAAAGCCGUGAGUGAGUUGAAAAAGGAUGAUGAAAACAAAGAAAACAUGACGGUGAAAGACAAUUCCAAGGAAGUACCCCGCCGGGUGGAAGUGGAUGAGAAGGCUAAGGUAAAAGAUGAGGAAAAGGUUGAAAAGAAAGACCGGAAGCUGGAAAAGUUGGACGAAGAUGAGCUGGCGGAAGAUAUAAUGGACAGUAUCGACGACAUUGUCGCGGACGCAAAGAAACAGAAUGGCUCCAAGAGUGAUUUCAAUGAUGAACUAACAUUCCAGAUGGAUGUUGAUGAAAGUGAGAAGGACUAUGAAGAUGACGAAGAUGAACAUGAAGAAGACGAAGACGAUGAAGACGAGGAGGAAGGUGCUGUGGACUUGUCGUCUUCGUACGAUGCCAACAAAAGCGAUCGGCAGACAGAUGACUCGGAUGCCAUCGAGAUGAUUGAUAGUUCUCCGGAGAAGGACUCAAGCGUGGUUGGCAUUAAACCAACGCGGAAACUGGAGACCCUUCAAUUGGACAAAAGCCCGAGCGAUAGCCGGAAGGGUAGUCCGGAAAAGGUGACGGUUGUUGUGAAGCAGGAAAUAGAGGACGAUUCCGAGCGGAUUCAGGAAUCAACAAAGGAAGCACCAGUUAGUGCAAGCAAGUCUAGUCGAGAAGAGAAGCAAUCGGAGAAGCCAAGGGAAACGGAAGCUGUUUCUCGAAAGCGGCGUCGUUCUGUGGAUCCCGAUGAUCGGGAAGAAGACGAUGAACCAUUAGUUCCUUCUAAAAAGCUAAAACGGGAGUUGGAAUCCAACUACCCAACACAUGAUCGAUUGCUGAAAGAGUACAUCGAAACCACUUCCAACCGCUCGGUGGGUGACAUCCAGAAGCACACCGAUGCCCUUAUGGUCGAAAUUCAGACCCUAAACGAAAUGAUACGUGCCAAAGAAAUCGAAUGGAACAAUAUGAUCCAUUUGAAGAAAGUGAAAGAAGAGAUCCUGCUCCGGCUCACGCGGAAGAAGCAUGUCAUGGACGUCAUGGAGACCAAGCUAGGUGAAGUCUCAGAAUACACCCACUUUGAUUCCUCGAACCUCACGAACGUUCGAUCCGCGUCCGUUGGUCCUCGGCCACCGACGCCACCACCGGAAGUAGACAUCCGUCCCGCUUCCGUGACUCCGCUGCACAGCAGUACUCUCAAUACUAGCAAGAAUGCCAACGUUUCAACCAACUCGAUCUCCAGCAGCCGGCAGCUACCCGGCAGCAAAGACAACAGCCUGUUUGCUCAGUUCAAUCACAUCAACAGCUCCGUCACUAUGGUGCCAUUAUCAACGUCCUCCUCAUCGUUGAUCACUUCCACUAACACGAUUCUGCAAUCUCGGGCGAACAUGAAAUCCUCCGAAGUUGCCAAGGAGAAGCCCAAUGCCGCUCAAAUCCAACGGCAGAUUCUCCCUAAGCCAAUUCUCUCCAACCAUCAGCAGAUCCUGAACAACUUGGCAAUUUCGGCUGGGCUCACAGCAGCUGGGGCCCCCAAUACCAGUGCCAAUUCGAUUUCGACCUCUUCCACAACGGCAAGCGUUGCCAGUGCCGCCAAUAUCCUUGCCGGAUUGUCCAAUAACAUCCUAGCUCAUACGGCCGCCCUGCUGAAUGGUCACCAUCAUCCAUCGAACCAUCUUACCCAAUCGCAAGUCAAUCAACUGCAGGUCGGACGGCAAGGCGUCAUCAAAGACGUCAAAAGUAUUAUCGCUGACUAUCGGCAAAAGCAUCCGGAACAGGUGCCCCGAAGAGGACGUCGCCUGAAGAAUAUCCCUAGCUCCGGCUACGAAGGGAUUACCAUCACCAACAAGAGCGGAUCGUCGCGAAUGCCGGAACUUGGCUUCCUACUGGCAGAGAACUCCCGUCCCUCCAGCAACGAUUCGUCCCAAAGCAAUUCCAACAACCACCUGACCACCGUUGCUGGAGCCUUAUCAACCUCACCCACCGGUGCCGGUUUCUCCAUCAACGAUGUUCUGGCCCAGUUUGCCAAAAUGAGCCAAACCGAUCGCAAUUUGCUGUCCAAUUUGGGUGCAGCAGCAGCAGCAGCCGCAGCCGCCGCCGCCGCAGUUAGCAGCAAUGCUACCGCAACCUCAUCUACUACAACCCAUUCUUCAUCUUCUUCCCGCCAACAGCAGCAACAGCAAUCGCAACAGAACAGCGCUGCGGCCAAUCUGAGUAAAAAUUCCUACCCGGAAGUGACCCUGCACCCGGUGAUGAAUGCCAACUCCGGUGCCGGUUCGCAUGCCGACAUGAACCACAGCACUGGAAGUAACUCCAGCGCGGCAAAUCAAUCGCAACACAACAACAACAACAACAACACUAACAACUCGACCAAUUCGCUGCUGCACGGUAUUCUGACGAAAUCGUCCUCUCGACCGAACGCGACCGGAUUCACAUCGUUCUCGCCGACAUUGGCCCGGCUGCUGACGGCACCGGAGCGAAUGAACUCGCAGGCGGCUACCGUCACGUCCGGAGCGUUGGCCAACCUGCAGGCCAACACCGGUCUCAAUCUGUCCAAGUCGAACAGUGAAAUUACGAUCACCCCGGUGGUGGCUUCCAAUCUCCAGCAGUCGCUGAUGGCUCACCAGCAGCAGCUACAGGAGCAGCAGAAGCAGCUGCAGCGGUUGCGGGAACAGCAUUUCAUGAAUAUGGAUGACGAAGCCGACGACAGCGUGGACCGGUUAGUCAUCGACGAGGGUGACGAUCACCACGGGACGGCGAACAAUCCGCGCAACGACGGCCACCGUGAGUCAUCCGGUGUCGUUAUCACCACGCGCGGUGGAAACGGUCCCGAGUUCCACGAGAACGAUGUGCCAGAAUGCCAGGGCUGCAAGAAACGGGAGGCACAAUUCGUGUGUGCCGGAUGUGGCAACCAGUGGUACUGCAGUCGGGAGUGUCAGGUGAAUGCUUGGGACGAUCAUUCGGAAGUGUGCACUGGUUAAUCCCACAAAUGUAAACAUGAACAGGUAUUACAAAAUUUUUUUUAUCUGAAAUGACCAUUGAAAUCAAAUACCAAGAGACAUUCAGCUUAGCAAGCCAGGAGAGAAAUGAGCAGCCAAACUGCGUCGUCAGUUAUCAGUAUAUGAAACGACUUGUUCUUAGAAUUUUACCAAACAAUUUCUUCUAUGCGCAUCUACAUUACCCUUUUUAAUCAACCUCUUUACAACACGACACAAAACUACAUAUAUUUCAAAAAGCGCACCAACAAGUCGCAAAAAGUGCGUUUAGUUUGUCUAUUCUAUAGGUUCCUCUGCAGGAGAUCAAUAAAUCCUCUCUUGCAUAAUUUUAUAAAAGUCUUUAUUUAAAAAAGGAGUUAAGUGAAAAACAGGACGUCAAAAUUAGUAGUUAGAAACUAGUUGCAUUUUUUGUCACAUUAAUAUUAACCUUUCUAAAAGAGAAGAUCAUU